UUAACAGGUCGUGCGGGGCUGGGCUCCGGAGGGCAGGGAGACUAGAGCCGAAAGGUGCGGCGGCGUCCCAGAAGGCGGCGCGGGGAGGGUCCCGUCACCUCGCGGCGCGCACCGGACGUCACCGGGGGCGGGGCCAGAGGCGGGGCCUGGCCUCGUUGUGAGCGGCUUGUAAUCCAUCAUGGCGGCCGCGGGGGUCGGUGACCGUCCCUGAACAGCGCUGGAGCCGGAGCCGGUUCCCGGGUCCUGCGGCUGAGGAGCCCUUCCGUUGUCCACGGCCCCUACCUGCGGGGGGGAGGUCGGGUCCUGCGACGGAGCCCGGGGGAUGUGACUGCCUGGCGGCGGCGGCCGUAGCAACGUCCGGGGCCGGGGGAGGGGGUGUUUCGGGCAGAGACCCCCAGGCUCGGAGCAGCUGAGGCGGCCGGGCCUCCUCCCCCGCUCUGCCCGCGACCCGCCUUCGGGGCCGCGAGAGUCCUUCGUCCCUUACAGCCCCGCGCCGGCUCUGGGACCCUCGGGGUGGUCUCUUUCCCCAGACCUGGGACACCCCGUUUCCUGAGGCGUGGAGGAGCGUCGCCCCCGGAGUAAGCCGCCCGUGCCUCGCCCCGGCAGCCUCCCUCUUACCCCCGAGCCGCUCCUUGCUCCGACUCCCGGCCCCAGGUUUGGCCUCGGAGCCCCCCAUUCAAAUCCCAUCCCUGCUGUCAAGGGGCCUCCCCUUCCCCCCAGGUUGCUCCCGUGAGCUUCUAAUGCCCUGACUUUUUCCAAUGUCACCUACGGCCCCCUUAGUCUCAGCCCAGCCAAAAACUUUAAUGCAAAGGAAAAGCUUGGACUGGUUUCACAGGCCUUUUAAAAAGCGGACUUAAAAGUUGCU